GUCACACCGCCAACAAACAACUACCGGGGAUUUACUGUGUACUGCAUAUGUAUAACAAGCUUUAUCACGCCACAGAAAACUACAUCACCAUUCGCGUUUAGCCACAGACGGACUUAAAUCGAUGGAUGAGUGUAAUUUAAAGAUGGCUGCUGAAGAUAGACGUCACCAGAUGGAGGAAAAAACAUAUGCAGUAUUUACAGCAGCAUCAGUUAAUGCUAUGGCGGAAUCAGCAAGGCUGUCUCCAAUACCUCAUGAUGCUGCUGUCUCUUUAGGAGAAGAUGCUAGCUACCGCCUCAGACAAGUUGUGAUGCUAGCCACCCAGUAUAUGAAGCAUUCUAAAAGGCGCAGGCUUGGUACAGAGGAUUUCAACAGAGCUGCUAAAGAAUUAAAUGUUAUGCCUGUACAUGGACAUGGGUCACAAGAUCCAGUUAGUUUUAGACAUCUAAAAGAUACUGAAAUGCAUGUAAUAGAGGAUCCAGAGGUCAAUUUGGUUGAUAUUGCCUUAGGGAGUUAUGUUCCAAAACAGAUAGGUCAACCAUCAAUUAAAGCUCACUGGCUUGCAGUUGAAGGUGUCAUCAAAAUAUCACAAACUGGAACUUCUAAUCCUCAAGGUAAGGUAGGCAGAGACAUGUCAGCAGUACACCUGAAGUAUUACAACUGUUUGACUAAAGCCUUGUUGAGUGCAAAUGCUGAGGCUAAGAAGAGAGCAUUACAAGAUCUAAAAACCAAUUCGAACCUAGUCCCAGUGUUACCGUAUCUAGUUAAUUUUGUAGCCAGUGGGAUAAAGAGUAUGAGCCAUGAUGUUGGGCAUUUGACAACUCUGUUGAACACGGUUAGAGCAAUGCUUCACAACAGAUCACUCUACCUUAUGCAUAAGCCAUAUUUGACCACCAUAGUUCAAGGUGUGGAGUUCUGUGUGUUAGAUCCUCUCGCAGCUUCUAUGAAUUCUGUCAAUGACCAUUGGGUGCUAAGGGACUAUGCAGCUAGACUAUUAGCAGAAAUAGUGAAUCGAUGGAAUAGUCCACAAAACCAUUUACGUUUCAAUACCAUAAAGUACCUAAAAGAAAUACUACAUGAUACUACCAAACCAUUCUACUCACAUUAUGGAGCUAUUAUGACUCUCAUAGCUCUUGGUCAUAAGGCUGUAGAAGAUAUAAUUUUACCCCACUUGCCAGCUUACUGGCGUCACCUCCAAAAUGCCCUAGAAGAUAAAACAAGUGAGAAUUCUGUCAACACUGCUGAUUCUCACAAAGUUCAUGGUGCUCUGAGGCUUGCUGCAGAGAAAGUUCUGCGUAAAUACAUCAGAAAAUUCCAGGAGUUGGGUAAUACAGUGAAAGAGAAAGAAGAAAUUUCUGAACUGCUACAAGCAAGUGAAAACUUUAUUGGUCAACAAGAAGAUUCUCAAACUUCAGACAGUAUAUCUGAUGAAAAACAUUUAAAGGAACUUUAUGCAAACCUCUACGAAUAUUUUGGAGACAGCUUAGCACAUUGCCUUCCCUUAGUAGAAACUCAUAAUGUAUUUAAACCACUAAAACAAGAGAAACGAGUAAGUUUGGGAGACCAGUACUCUGGGAAAAGUGGAGAAGAGCUGCUAGACAAUCUUAUGGAACAAAUUAAAUUACAGGAAAAGUUAGAGCAAGAGAGAAGAGAAAAAGAACUGCGUGAACAAAAAGAGCGUGAGAAAAAAGAAAGAGAACAAAGAGCCAGACAAGCCAUCGAACAGAUGAAACGAGAAGAGGAAGAGAGGAAGAGAAGACUACAGAGAGAGGAAGAAGAGCAGAAGCGUAGACGUUUGGAGAUGGAGGAGUCUGAGAGACAGAAGAGGUUAAAAGAGGAGGAGGAAAAAAGACAAAUGAAAUGGGAUGAGCAAAUCAAAGAACUGAACAGAAGCAGGACUAAGCCACAGUGGCAACAAGAAAUUGAGCUGCGCAGAAUGCAACUUGAAGAAGAAAUCCAAUAUAGUAGAACAAUCGAGGCUAAAAAGAGACAGGAAAAAAAAGAAAGGGCAAAGCAAGAGGAGGAAGAAGAGAAACAGCGAAAACAGAGGGAAAUUGAUGAAGAACUGCGGAGGAAAGAAGAAGAAGAUGAACAAGCUGGAAGAAGCAGAGUGGGCUUGAGGCGGAGAAAGCCUGUCAAUUACACUGAGAAAGAUGAGGAUAUAUCUGAUUUGUUUGAGGAUUCCAAGUCAAAAGGUGCCAAGGCGGCAAAAAUUCCAAGACUUAAUCCACUGUUGCCCCCUCAUUCAGACAUCUCUGAUGACUCAGAUGGAGACAGGCGGCUGGCAGCUGGAAUCAUAAGUCCUGCUACUGGUCUCAUGAGUCCCUCCUCAGCUGAGGCCAUGGCCGUCAGCAAGGUCAUUGACCCAUCCAAAGGCCUACUCAAGCUGAAGAUCAAACGCCAGUCCAAUUACGCUUCCACCCCGCCUCAUCCGAUGUCAGCCACGCCACAGCACGUACCUCAAGCCUACCACUCUCCCUCCAUGCUGAGUCCCAUCUACUCCCCACACUCUGGGUCCCACUCAACUCCUCCACCUCCCCCAGUCAGCGCUUCUUACUCUCACAAAAGUUCGUCUGGCUCAGAAAAAGAAACAAAACAUAAGAAAGGCAGCACUAGUAGUAAACACUCGCGGGCCUGGAGUACCGGCAUCCAAGACAUCUCUGAUGCAGAAGAGCCUGUCUUUGAGCCAGUCAGCACCAUCCCCCCACAGCUGUAUUCCCCUGGAGCUGAGAGCAGUGGCUCAGACUCAAACCCCCAUAGAAAAGCUUUAAAACUUACACUCAAACUCACACCAAAAGAUUCUGCUUCUGAGUAGGUUAAGGUUAUAGUUUAGAAUAUGUUUAAGUUGAGCAGUAUUAGUUAACAUAUUUUCAUUUAUUUUUAUUUUAAUAACUUUGAACAUGGAUUAAGAAACAUAUGAUUUAAAGAUUAUGGUAUAAAUAUGGUAAAAAAAGAAAAAUUGCUUUUUCCUCUAUGUUGUUCAAUUCAUUACAUUUUUAACCCAUCUUGUAAUGUAUUUUUUUGCCUGUGUUUUAAAAAAAAUAAUUUCACAUAUCCCGUUUAUUUUAAAUUUGAUUUAGACAUUGUAGUAGUUAAAUAUAGUGAAUCUAUCCCGUAACCAGUUUUUUUGUUUGUAUCAUUACAAUUUUUUGUAGUUGUAGGGGCCAGUGUACAGCUACAACCACUAGAUGAUUUGUUCAAUUGUGAUAAAUGUUUGAGGAACUUAUGUUUUAUUUUUUCCUCGUUUACUUUUACCAAUGGUUAUGAAUGUGUUACAUGAGGGCAUAUGUUUGGGACCAUACAACUUCAUUGUACAAACUGUUCAUGUGUUUCUUAUGAGUUUAUGCUCACUUUGCAUGGGUUGUUAAACUUUUAAUCAAACAAAAUCUCCACAUACUAAUUAUGCAAUGAAAGCAUUAAACUAUGCAUAUUUAUUCUAACAUGUUAGUGCAACUUACCUUGCAAAGAAAUAAUAGCAUUUGUAAAUUUGUGAUGAGUAAUAUUAUUUAAAAACUUCAUAUAAAGAUUAGUAUUUAAUGUUUGAUUGUUUAUCAGUAUUUGUUAUAGAUUUACAAUUUAAACUAAUUAGUAAUAAAUUUUUAAUGUAUUUGGCAAAAAGAACCUAAGGAUUGUUUACAAAAUAUUUUUUUCUUUACACAGAUUGUCAAGUGCCUGACUUUAACAAUACUAUUUAUUACUGUUUAAAAGUGAAUACUUGUAAAAAUGUAUUUUUAAAGUGAAGCAGUUACUUUAUAUAUCUUGCCAGCCAGUUGUCCAAUUCCAAACUUAUUUUUGCACAAGGACAAUGGUAGAUUUUAAUUUUAAGUCACAGGAACAUAGCUGGGGUGUCAAACAGAUAUGAAUACAACAAUGCCAACUGGUUGUAUAGGAAACAGCUGUGUAAAGGAAUGGUGUAAUGUGAUGUUCUGAGCUAGAUUCAAACUAUGCAGGAGUACAGUAAAGUAGUCGUGCCAAAUUAUGAAUCUUGCUCGUUUUUACAACUUACAUUUAUUGCUUUUUUUAAUUAGUUGUGUAUUACUGCAUGCUUCAAAAUUAAAAAUCAAUAAAUU